GUCUCUCAGGCUUCUCUCUGCCUAUAGUAACUGAUACUAACUGAUAGUGAUACACGUGUGUGUUUUAAUCUCUUGAGAUUUCUCAAUUAAUUUAAUUAUUCACCUAUUAUUGUAAAAUGGUAUUGAAAAGUUUUCCUCGAGGAGGAAAAAAACCCGAAGUUAAAUCUUCACAUUUGUUAUUUGAUGAAAAAAAACCGAAAAAGAAACGUAAGACUCAGACAAAAAAGAAGACAGAUGAUGAUAUUGUAGAAAUAAUAAGUUCUACUGCAGAACGUUUGUCUAAUGCAACAGUACGUGAAGGAAUGAUAAUCCUGGGUCGGAUUUCUGAAAUAUCGGAAUAUAAUCUGAUUGUGUCCAUACCAGGUGGACUCUUGGGACGUAUAGAAAUUACAAAUCUCAGCGAGUCUUAUACGAAUUUAUUGCAAAAUAUAAUUGAUACAAAAAGCAUCCAAUUAAAUGAAUUUAAACCUUUACCAGAUUUGUAUAAUCUUGGUGAUUAUGUAGUAUGUUAUGUCAAAAAUAUAAAUUUCAAAGAACAAUGGUCAUACAGCUUAUCUUUGGAACCACAGUUAAUAAAUCAAAAUGUUCAUAACAGUUAUCUUGUGAAAGGCGCAAAGAUGGUUUGUACCGUUAAGAGUGUAGAAGAUCAUGGCUACGUAAUUGACACAGGCAUAGCUAAUAUCAGAGCAUUUGUCGCUAAUGAAAAUGUUGAUAAAGGAAAGCAAUAUUUUCCAGGUAAUCAACUCUUCUGCACUAUCAAGGAGAUAACAACAACAGAUCAUACAUCUGUCAUCACAUUGUCAGCUAAGAAAAAGAAAUCAGACAGUGUAAGCAGACAUGACAUAGUAUCUUUAGAUGCUUUAACACCCGGAACGAAAUUGACCCUAUGCAUCAGAAAAGUAUUGUCUAAUGGCCUACAAGUUGUAUUUGGAAGAAAUAACAUUGGAUACAUAAAUCAAAUAUACUUGGAUAAUCCUUUGUCUGCAUACACGGAUAACAUGGAAGUGACGGGUACAUUAUUAUAUAUACUACCUACUGUAAAGUCGGCAUAUUUUAGUCUAUUAACCGACAUAUCUGAAAAAGAGAAGUUGAAGGUAGGCGAUAUUAUAAAAAAGGCCAAGGUUUUAUAUAGGGAAUCUAAUGGCAUAAUUUUUAAGUUAUCCAAAUUUGAAUUACGUGGAUUUAUUUCUUUGCGAAGAACUGACGUGCCGUUUGCCAAAAUCCCAACCGAGUUUGAGCAAAAUUCUACACAUAAAUGCAGAGUACUUUCAUACAAUUGGAUGGAGCAUAUUUAUGUCUGUACAAUGGAACAGGAAAUUUUGAAACAGAAAUAUUUUUCAAUUUCUGAUCUCAACUUUGGUGACAUCCUCACUGUAACUGUUGCAAGUAUUGAUACAAACUACAGCUGUGUACACGUGCAAGCAGGAAAGAUUAAAGGGAUUGUUCUACAAGAACAUAUAUCCGAUAGCGGUUUAAAUACAUUAAGUAAACUGAAGGUUGGUGAUGAUAUUGAAGCAAGAGUUUUGAACAUAAAUUUGGAUAAAUUUCAGAAGGUAAAGUUUACAUUGAAACAGUCAUUAAUAAAAAGUAAGUUACCAGUUUUGCAUAAUAUUCACGAGGCGCAAUGUGGAUCGAAGUAUCAUGGUACAAUCGUCAAAAUGAACAAAAAUGGCCUGUUGAUAAAAUUUUAUGGAGAUGUAAAAGGAUGGGUCCCGCGUAAUUUGUUUGACAGCCAUACAUAUGACAUGAACUGGAAUUAUUCUACUGGUCAAACCGUUACGGUGUGCAUUGAAUCAAUAGAGAAGGAAAAAAGUAAAAUAAAACUAAAGAUUGUUACUAACGAAGAGAAAGAAAAAUCUGUUGGUUUCUCAAUCGGAGAGUUGGUCGAAGGAACAAUUACGGAAUCAUCCAUCGAGGGAGUAUAUUUGACAUUGUGUAAAGAGGAUAAAAAACAUGCCGUUACUGCUUUCUUACCUGCAAGUCAUAUGGCCCCAUGUAUGGAGAUUGGCGGUUUAUUAGCGUUAAAAUCAAAUCCUGAAGAUACAAUUUCAGCUUUCGUUUUUGCUGCAAAGCCAAACCUAAUACUGUCGCGCACUUUUGUGACACAAGAGCAGUAUCGGAGCUUUGAUUCAUUAAAAAUAGGGGAUUGCAUUCCGUGUACAAUCAGAGAUAUAUCGCAAGAUGGUGUGAGAGUUAUCUUGCCCAUCGAAAAUUAUUCUAAAUUUGGAUUUGUACCAUACAAGAAUAUUAGUAAUUUUGAAUUGUUACAUGUAAAUCAAAUAUUACUUGUUAAAAUCACUGCUAUCAAUACACGAGAGAAGCAAUUGACUCUAACAAUGACAUUAAAAGACGUAUGGGAAAGUUCAUCCGAAUACGAAGUUAAAAUAAUGUCAGCGGUGGAUCUUCUGCAUUUGUAUCUCAGCAAAUUGUCAGAACUGGCGAAAAAUACAUUUUAUGAGACUAAACCGAUUUCAUUAGCAACUUUAGGUCAAAAGAUUACUGGUACUGUCGAGAAGAUCACUAAACAUGGUCUCGUGGUUCAGUUAGACAAUCAAUUGAUGGGCACAGUACGCAAGGAUCAUUAUAGCGGCAAAAUCAAGGUUGGAGAUAAAGUAUCCGGUAUAAUCUUGUGGAAAAAUUAUAUUCAUGAACUUGUCGAUGUGUCAUUGCUACCGAGAAUAGUGAAUGGCAUUAGCUCGAAACAGAAAACACUGCCACAACUUCCCACUGCAGUUGUGCUGAGAGCAGAAAUUUUAAUGAUCACCAAAUGGUUCAUACUUGUUCUCAUAAAACGCAAUGGUUCAGGAUAUUUGGCAGCGUUACCCGUUCGCCGACACGCAAACGACAUUUCUCCCGAUCUAACGCCUUACGUGGUUCACGACAAGAUUCGAUUGUAUGUUGUAAUGACAGGAAAUGAGUCUAAUAUAGUCCCAAUUUGCAUGCUAAAGUCCGCACUUGAAAUUCCAAAACGUGCAGCACUAAAAGGACCAAUUUCUGCAAACGAAAAAUUGAAAAGGAAGGAAAGAUCUGACCAACACAAUGCUCUUAAAUAUCCAGCGUCAAAAAGAUUGAAAACUGAAAGCCAUGAAGAGAGUGCAGCGAACGAAGGUGGCGUCGCCGAUGAAAAAGAACUUUCUGGAAUUGAAACUAAUAACGUUACUAAUAAAAAUAAAAAAAUCGAAAAGGAAUCGAAUGAGAAAUUUGGUGGAGUAAAAUCAAAAUACGAUGCUAAGAAAGAAAGAAGUAAAAAAGAGAAUGAAACAUGCAAAAAUCAAGACGCAGUUGUAGAAGAAAAUCGUAUCAAAGAUAUAGAUGAGAAUUCCGAAUUAGACGAAGUAUCUUCCGACGAAAGUGAAAUAGAAGAAAAAUUAACUGAGGACAAAUCACACAUUUCAGCGUGUGGAUUUUUGUGGCAAAAUAAAACGAAUCCAACAGUUUCGGCUAAUGUCGAAACGUCCAGCGAUGACGAGGAGAAAUCCGAAGAAGAACCUAAACGAAAAAAAAAGAAAUUAAGCGCAGCCGAGCGCCGGGAGCAGGAACGACAAAAAGAACGUGAAAUACGCCAGCGGGAGGAAGCCUUGGCGAACAAUAAAAUGCCAAAUUCGAUCGAUCAAUUCGACAGAUUGGUUUUGUCAAGUCCUGACAGUUCAUUGGUGUGGUUACAGUACAUGGCGUAUCACUUGCAGGCUACGGAGAUCGACAAGGCAAGAGCGGUCGCGAGACGAGCCAUCAAAACAAUCAGCUUUAGAGAAGAAACUGAACGAUUGAAUGUAUGGAAUGCCUGGCUAAAUCUGGAAUCUAGAUUCGGCACUCCUGAAUCUCUGAACGACGUAUUCCAAGAAGCUGUGAAAACAAAUGACGCGUUGAAAGUGUACACACAUAUGUUGAGUGUACACGCGGAUGCCAGUCGACAAAUCGAAUUGCAGAAACUGAUCGGCACUAUAACCAGCAAGUUCAAACAAGAACCCCAAAUGUGGAUAGACUGCGGUGCUGCAUUACUGAAAAUCGGUUUGAAAGAAAAAUCACGGCACAUUAUGCAACGGGCGUUACAAUCCUUGCCCGCAUCUCAGCAUGUGAAUCUGAUAGUAAGAUUUGCCAAUCUGGAAAACAAACUGGGAGAUAAGGAACGGGCGCAAACAUUAUUCGAACAGAUUUUAAGUUCUUAUCCUAAACGCGUGGAUGUGUGGUCGAGUUAUGUAGAUUGUUUAAUAAAAUCCGAAGACACUGAUAAGGCUAGGAAAGUAUUGGAACGAGCAUGUGUACAAACGCUUCCAGCAAGAAAGAUGAAAGCUCUAUUCAACAAGUUUAAAGAUUUCGAGGAGAAAUACGGCACGCCCGAGGCCGUAGCUCACGUAAUUCAAAUGGCUGCCGAUUAUGUAGAAAAACAGUGUAGCAAGGAAUAAAUGUAAAAUUUCGUUAAAUAUUUAUUUAAUAAGAUUUGUAUUUCCAAUACACUUGAUAAUACGUUAUGGUUUAGAUAUAUAUUACGAUUAAAACAUUUCUCUGUUGCUAUCAUCCCAUCAUCCGUAUUUGAUAGAAUAAAAAGUUAUUGAUGA